GGCCGUUGUUUGUCACAAUGACCAAAACGCAUGUGAUAGCAGCUUCAAAAGAAGCGUUUUACAUCUGGCAGUAUCGUGUGGCCAAGAAGCUCACAGCAAUGGAAAUUAAUCAGGUAGCACGGACCAGAAAAGAAGGCAGGGAAAGGAUUUAUCAUAUUGAUGACACCCCUUCAGGAUCUGCAGAUGGACACCUUGAUUACAGCAGAGCUAUUGAAGGAACAAGAGAUCCAAUUUGCGCAAUAACAGCAUCUGAUAAGAUACUACUUAUAGGAAGAGAAUCUGGCACUAUUCAGAAGUACAGUCUUCCUAGCGUUGGUUUAAUACAGAAGUAUACCCUGAACUGCCGUGCACAUCAGCUGUCCUUGAACUGCAACUCCAGUCGUGUUGCUAUCCUAGACCUUUCAGGUGUUUUGACUUUCUUUGACUUGGAUGCACGAGCGAUAGACAGUACAGGACAGCAAGUGAUAGGCGAGCAGCUGAAACUGGAACGCAAAGAUGUUUGGGAUAUGAAAUGGGCCAAAGAUAACCCAGAUUUGUUUGCAAUGAUGGAGAAAACAAGAAUGUAUGUUUUCAGAAACUUGGAUCCAGAGGAACCUAUACAGACUUCUGGAUAUAUUUGCACCUUUGAAGAUUUAGAAAUAAAAUCUGUUCUUCUGGAUGAAAUAUUAAAGAAUCCUGAACAUCCUAACAAAGAUUACAUCAUCAAUUUCGAGAUUCGGUCAUUACGAGACAGUCGAGCAUUGAUUGAAAAAGUUGGCAUUGAGGAAUCUUCCCAAUUCAUAGAAGACAACCCACACCCCAGACUUUGGCGUCUCCUGGCUGAAGCUGCUCUUCAGAAGCUGGAUCUGCAGACUGCUGAACAAGCUUUUGUACGUUGCAAAGAUUAUCAAGGUAUUAAGUUUGUGAAGCGUCUAGGCAACCUGCAGAGUGAGUCGAUGAAGCAAGCAGAAGUGGCAGCCUAUUUUAGCAGAUUUGAAGAAGCUGAAAGAAUGUAUCUGAAUAUGGACAGAAGGGAUCUUGCUAUUGGACUACGGAUAAAACUGGGAGAUUGGUUUCGAGUAUUGCAGCUAUUAAAAACUGGCUCAGGUGAUUCAGAUGAUGCCCUUCUUGAACAAGCAUACAAUGCUAUUGGAGAUUAUUUUGCAGACCGUCAGAAAUGGUUAAAUGCUGUACAGUAUUAUGUACAAGGACGAAACCAGGAACGUUUAGCUGAAUGUUACUACAUGCUAGAGGACUACCAAGGACUGGAAAAUCUAGCCAACUCACUUCUGGAGAAUAAUAAAUUGCUCCCUGAUAUAGCCUAUAUGUUUGUAAGAGUGGGGAUGUGUGAACAAGCUGUGUCGGCCUUUCUGAAAUGUAAUCGACCAAAGGAUGCAGUAGACACCUGCCUACAUCUCAACCAGUGGAAUAAAGCUGUGGAGCUGGCUAAAAAUCACAAUAUGAAAGAGAUUGGAUCCUUGUUGGACAGAUAUGCAACUCGUCUACUGGAAAAGAAUAAAAUCCUUGAUGCUAUAGAACUCUAUCGUAAAGCCAAUUAUUUCUUUGAAGCUGCUAAGCUCAUGUUCAAGAUUGCAGAUGAAGAAGCAAAGAAAAGGACAAAGCCUUUGCGAGUUAAAAAGCUUUACGUAUUAUCAGCGUUACUUAUAGAACAGUGCCAUGAACAAAUGCAAAAUGCACAAAGGGGAAAAGUUAAAGGAAAAAAUUCAGAGACUGCUUCAGCUCUGGCUGGUUUGCUAGAAGAAGAUGUUCUUUCUUCAACUGAUCGCUUUGCAGACAAUGCUUGGCGAGGAGCUGAGGCUUACCAUUUUUUCAUCCUUGCACAAAGACAGCUCUAUAAAGGUUCUGUAGAUGCAGCACUUAAAACAGCUCUUCAUUUGCGAGAUUAUGAAGACAUUAUCCCUGCAGUUGAAAUCUAUUCCCUUUUGGCACUCUGUGCGUAUGCAAAUAGAGCAUUUCAUAUUUGUUCAAAAGCCUUCGCUAAACUUGAAUACCUAGAAACUCUUAGGCCAGAGCAGAGGCAACAGUAUGAAGACUUUGCUCUAGAGAUAUUCACGAGACAUUCUCCCAGGUAUAAUAAAACCUCUCAUCUGGAUGACAUUCUUGAGAGCGGAGAUGGGAAGCUUCCUGUAUGUGUUGCAACAGGAGAGCCUAUCCUGGAGUAUCAGUUCUGGAUGUGCAGUGUAUGUAAGCACUGCAUGAACGUCAAAGCAGCAAGCAAUUAUAACUUCUGUCCUCUGUGCCACAGUACAGCAUAGCAGAGGAUAAAGGACUGCUUAUCCUCCUAUCUGUUACGGCUCCUAAAAAUACUCUGUAAAAUG